AUGAAAAAUCAAACUGCUUUGGCUGAGUUUGUCCCACUGGGAUUUACAGACAACCGAGAGCUUCAGGUUAUGAUUUUUAUCUUCCUACUCUUCACCUACAUAUCUGGUGUCAUGGGUGACCUGACAAUCAUCACCCUCACCCUGCUAGACUCCCAUCUCCAGACCCCUAUGUAUUUCUUCCUUUGGAAUUUCUCCUUCUUAGAAAUUUCUUUCACUACUAUUUUCAUUCCAAGAUUCCUGAGCAGCAUCCUAACCGGGAAUAAUACCAUCAGCUUUGCUGGCUGCUUCACUCAGUAUUUCUUUGCCAUAUUCCUCGGGGCCACAGAGUUUUACGUUCUGGCUGCCAUGUCCUAUGAUCGCUAUGUGGCCAUCUGCAAACCUCUGCAUUACACAACCAUCAUGAACAGCAGAGUCUGCACACAGCUGGUUCUCUGCUCUUGGAUGAGUGGUUUCCUAAUCAUCUUAUCCCCCAUCAUCCUGACUAGCCAGCUAGAUUUCUGUGCCUUCAACAUGCUGGAUCAUUUUUAUUGUGACUAUGGGCCCCUCAUGGAGAUCUCCUGCUCAGACACCAGCCUCUUGGAGCUGAUUGACUUCAUCUUAGCAAUUGUGACCUUGGUGAUCACCCUGGUGCUGGUGAUGCUUUCAUACACUUACAUCAUCAAAACUAUUCUAAAGAUCCCAUCACCACAACAAAGAAAAAAGACCUUUUCCACGUGUUCUUCCCACGUAAUUGUCAUCUCCAUCUCUUAUGGCAGCUGCAUCUUCAUUUACAUUAAACCCUCAGCAAAAGAAGGUUGCUUCUGUUGCUCCCCUAUUGAAUAG